GUAAGCAGAAAACCGUUGUACUCUCACAUUGUACUCUCGAAUAAUUGCGAUACUCCGAUAUUGCGAUACUCGAACGAUCUCGAGACUCCGAUUAUAAUUUGAAGUAAUGGCGCUUGCGGCCCGCGUGUCAACUCAACCGGAGUACCUUUUCGGAGCACGAGGUGCUCGGAAUUGUUGCCGAGUUUCUGAUCAGUUAAGUGGUCUCCGAAUCACCUCUCGCUGAUUAUUAUCGUAAAUCUUUGUUCUCGAUCCGUAUCAUCAUUUCGUUCUCUAUCUACGCCAUAUGAUCGUGUCUAUAGUGAGGAUGUGUUGACAAGACUAAACAUUUGAUUGUUAAAAUGUAUCGCGUGACUUUGGUAUCUCGUAUAUUGAGAUGUGUCCUGCCAAGUAUUGAUUUUAUACACUCAAUAACAAAUACUCAACGAAGUCUGUACAACGAAGUCUAUAAAAAUGCCGCAAAACCUUUACAACUUUACACAAAAAUAAAAAAGUAUUACUUCAACGAUAGAUAUAAAUCGCAAGAUAAAAAAUUCAAGAUGCUUCUCGCUGUAUCUUUACCAACUUUGAUUUUAAAUUAUCUUUUCGAUAUCGAGGAUACAAAUGAAGAAGUCCCGGAAGUCAUUACGACGAUCAAACGAUCUGUACUGUUAAUACAGAAGGGAGAAUAUAACAAGGCAGAACAAAUGCUGCACUUAGCAUUGCGCCAAGCGCAAACUAUACAACAUUAUGAUGCUGUGACAUAUAUCUAUGACGUAAUGGCUAAUCUUGCUUUCGAGACUGGUGACUAUCGCAAAGCAGAGAAACUGUUUGUAUCAGUUUUGCAAAGAUUAAUGUCAAAUGGAGUUACAGAGGAUGAUAUGCGAGUCAUCCAUAUAAGCUUAAAGAUGGCCAAAGUAUUUGAACAUUUAAACGAAAUAAAAAAAGCAGAACAGGGCUAUAAAUUCUGUAUGGAGAAUUUAAAAUUGCACGUUGAAAAAGAUUUUGAUAAUAAUGACGCUAUAUUACUGCAGGGUAUGACUUUUGAUUGGUAUGCGCGAAUGCUACUUUCACAGUCUCGACAUACCGAAGCUUUUAACUAUUUUCUUCAGGCCUAUGACAUAUGUAAAAAGGUAAAUGGCGAAAAACAUGAACAGACUGUAGUUUUGCUUAAUGAUUUGGGUACAAUCAGUUAUAUACGAGGAGAAUAUGAUGAAGCUGUUAAAUACUUAUCUCUUGCAGCAGAAAUAGGCAAAAACUUGUCCGACAUGGUUGAUUUGGGUUCAAUUCAUGUGAAUUUAGGAAAUGUAUUUUUGAAAAAAGGUUUGUACGAUGAAGCUAAAAAAUCUUGUCAGCAAGGAAAGAUAAUAGCUAAGAAUAGAGAUGACAAUGACUCCUUAUUAGAAGCCAAUAAAUGCCUCAAGGAAAUCAAGAGAUUACUCUCGGUAUAGCUCAGAUAUAGCUCAGUUAUAAAAAUAUAUGUAUUUAAUGAAUAAUAUCUGUAAAUAUAUGUAGAAAGA